GUGACGUCACAAACCUCCUUAUAACAACUCCAUUCUAACAUCUACCGGUGUGUAUGGUAUGAAUUCUGAGCACAUUCCAGUGGAUAUCAAAAGAUCAUGUCCCAAGCAGCAAAGCAUCUUACUGGAGUACUGCAUCCUGUGGCCAAAACCCAUAGUGGCAAUUUUCUAGUUGCUGUCAAACAGGAAAAGGUUGAUGCACCCAGACCAAGUGGAGAAAAGGACACAGUCACUGAAGAAGAGCCAGUAAAGAAGAGAGGAUGGCCCAAAGGGAAGAAACGCAAAAAAGUCUUGCCUAAUGGACCAAAGGCCCCUGUUACUGGUUAUGUGCGGUUUCUGAAUGAGCGCAGAGAACAGAUUCGGACACAACAUCCUGACUUACCCUUCCCAGAGAUAACAAAGAUGCUAGGAGCAGAGUGGAGUACGCUGCCAACCCAAGAGAAACAGAGGUAUCUGGAUGAUGCAGAAAGGGAAAAACAGCAGUACAUUAAGGAACUUAGAGAGUAUCAGCAGUCUGAAGCCUAUAAAAUGUGUGCAGAAAAGAUUCAAGAGAAGAUGAAAAAUGAAGAGAGCAGUACCUUAUCUGCAACCAACGUGCUGAAUGGACACACACAAAAAGCCACAGAUUCUCAGAAUGAAAUUCUUUCUGCUUUUGAUGUUCCAAUUUUUACAGAAGAGUUCUUGGACCAUAACAAAGUUCGUGAGGCAGAACUGAGGAGACUGCGCAAAAUCAACAUGGAGUUUGAGGAGCAGAAUUCCAUCUUACAGCGACACACUGAGAGUAUGAAUAGUGCUAAAGAGAGACUGGAACACGAAUUGUUACAAGAAGAAAGACAAACGAUGAUCCUUCAACAACAACUGCAAACAAUUCGACAGAUUCUGCUCACAACUUUCUCAUCACUACCAAUUCCUGGAACAGGAGAGACUCCAACAAUGGGCAACCUUGAUGUUUAUAUGGCUAAGCUCCACAGUGUUAUAGAAGGUAACCCAGCCCAACAUGAGAAUUUGGUAAUUCAGCUAAAAGAGAUUCUUUCCAGAAUAAAUAGUGAACAUCUGUAAAAUAUGGAUCACUUCUACAUAAAGAAGUUUCUAAAUGAUUCUAAAUAUAGAAAUCCGAAGACUAACUGGUUUGAAAUUCAAGACCAUGGAGUAGCUAUACAUUAACAUGAUGGGCAAUUUGUGAUUAUUAUUAUUAAUUUGUGGAAAUAUGGACAUGUGGUAAUGUCAUGGUUCUAUGAAAAUUAAAUCAGUAUCCCUUUUAAAUGUGCAUUCUUCUUACUCUGGCUUUGUGCACAUCUAUAGGAGUUUACCUUCUGCAUAGUGGCCUGUUUUGUUAAACCCUGUUCACAUGUAUUAUUCUUUACUUGUAGAUUUUCGUGGUGCUUUUAGCACUGAAAGUCUAUAGUUACACUGAUUGUGCAAGUCUGUCUU